UGAGCUACUCUCUCACGUCCGCUCUCUUAUCCCAAGAAGGUACCUCCCGGUGGACUGUCGGAACCGUUUUAACCCUCAGCAAACGUCCCCUUAAAAACCCGCAAUCAUGAGCAGGAAAUUCUUCGUAGGUGGAAACUGGAAGUUGAACGGCGACAAGAAAAGCCUGGGGGAGCUCAUACAGACCCUGAACGGAGCCAAGGUGGACCCCAAUGUCGAGGUGGUGUGCGGUGCUCCUUCAAUCUACCUGGACUUUGUCAGGUCCAAGCUGGAUGCUAAGUUUGGCGUUGCUGCUCAGAACUGCUACAAAGUUGCCAAGGGUGCCUUCACUGGGGAGAUCAGCCCUGCGAUGAUAAAGGACUGCGGAGUGAACUGGGUUAUCCUGGGACACUCUGAGAGGCGCCACGUCUUCGGAGAGAGUGAUGAGCUCAUUGGUCAGAAGACCGCCCACGCUCUGGAGAGUGGUCUCGGUGUCAUCGCCUGCAUCGGCGAGAAGCUGGAUGAGAGAGAGGGCGGCAUCACCGAGAAGGUCGUCUUUGCUCAGACUAAGUUCAUCGCAGACAACGUAAAGGACUGGAGCAAGGUUGUGCUUGCUUAUGAGCCUGUAUGGGCAAUUGGCACCGGCAAGACUGCUUCCCCACAGCAGGCUCAGGAAGUUCACGAUAAACUGAGGCAGUGGCUGAAAACCAACGUGUCUGAGGCUGUAGCCAACUCUGUGAGGAUCAUCUAUGGAGGCUCUGUGACUGGUGCUACCUGCAAAGAGCUUGGCUCCCAGAAGGAUGUCGACGGUUUCCUCGUCGGUGGAGCCUCCCUUAAGCCAGAGUUUGUCGAAAUCAUCAACGCCAAGGUAUAAAAACCUGGGCAACUGCAAUGUGACCACGUCCAGAUCAGAGGCCAGCUCCGUUCAGACGAUCCAGUUCCAUCACCCCCUCACUCUCAACACUUAGUCCUCUUCCCCUUUUUUAUUUAAAAGUAUUUGUGUAAUGAUGUCAUUCCCUCCUUUUUUCUUUUUUUUUUUUUGUUGGUAUAUUUGUCAUGAAGAAAAGGGACAGGUUGACACAUGCACAGUACCGCACUGAAAAGAGUUCUGUGUGCAUAAUAACUUUACACCAAGUGCUCAAGCUAGAAAUACUUGACAAUUAUUAAACCUUGAGGUGGACGGGCCAGUCCUCGCCUUUACUUUGAAAAGUUUGCCAACUUUUCUUUUGGGUGAACAGUGUCACAGCUUUUUGUCAAUCGGAUGUAUUUGUCUCUUUAAUAUCGAUGUCUCUUUUGUGUAAUUAUGAUGGUUCGUGGCUUUUACCUCCCUGUAGACGUGCAUGAUCCACUCUCUCAUUGGCUCUUUGCCAAGAGGGAAGCGUCCAUUACAUGUUAAUCAUAUUGUGUCAUGGCCGAUGGUUAGAAGGGUAGGAAGGCUGUAAGGAAACACAAUAAACCGUUUAGAAACUG